AUGGAAUCGAAAGCAUGCAAGGCGUUGCUCAACACCGCCGAGAUCCUCGAGGCACUCCUGCUCCAGACGGACCCCAAGACCGUCUUGCUCGCUCGGCGAGUCUGUGUGACAUGGAACGACCUGAUCUCCAACUCUCCAUCCAUCCAGCAGCACCUGUUCUUUCGGCCCAUCCCAGGCACGACUCCCGUGGUCCUCAACCCAAUUCUCGCCGAGGCCUUCCCACCCUUCUUCCAACGCGCCCCCCUUGCCGGGACUGACUACGAAGUGUCUGCGCCCGCUAAGCGUCUCAAUCCAGAAGCGUUGGCUCGACGGAUGCAAGGAAUGGGCUUCUUCUCCAGGACUCCCCAAGACCCAUACACACCCAUCUAUGGGGCACCCUACGAGGAGGAGCCCGACGUCCAUCCACACUUUACCCCCGAGGACUUAGAAGACCUCCCGCUCGCCCAGGACCACCUCAACGCCGCCUUCCUCUACGAAAGAGCGACCUGGAGAGCGAUGCUCCCGUGCCAGCCGCCGCCUACGUCUUUCAUCUGCCUGACGAAGGGGGGUUCCAUGGGGCUCGAAGAACAGGACUUCCGUCGCAUCAGUGAGAAUGGGGUUGUGUUCCUUGAUUAUGACGGCGAGGUGCCAGAAGGCAAGGAAUACCCAAGUCAGGGCGCUCCAGUGCGCAUGGAGACUCUGUUCCACUUGGUGACGGGUGGCUGGGGUGAUGUGAAUGGUUGGGUAUGGACAUGGGCAACAGAAGGUUCAGAGACGCUGAUUCCAAAGGAUGUGGAGUUCGGCGCGAUUUAUGAGGCACGGAGAGAGGUCAUGAAGCGGGCUGUGCAGCGCGACGGUUUGUGUCUAAUCGAGACCAGCGUGACACAAUGUAUCGUAGAUGCCCCAGGGCCAUGGUCUUUCGGCAACAAAUCCGAGUCGGGCCUCCCUACAAUCAGCCCUGGUGAUGAGGGACGGGAUAGUUAG